CAUAACAGGAAGUUUGUUCUCCGUCAUCACAUUUCGCUUUUGCGCAGCAGCGCUCUGCUUGCUUUUCCAAAACCUUUUUUUUGCAAUGCGGAACAGAUGGAAACGAAGCGAAAAAGGAAAGAAGCCUCACGUCGUUAACGUGACGUGAAUUUCAUUUUGUCCCAAAGAAGCAAAAAUCGGGCUGGGAAUUCCAUUUGUUCGCAGUACAAAAAGCACUGGCUGCUUUGACUUGCCUUGCAUCUCAUCGCUACACACUCAUCUAACACUUGAACAGCCAUGAAGUCCUUGACUAUCAUUUUGACUCUCUUCGCCUCGGUCCUCGCGCAAGCACCAUGUGACAUGAAUGGUUUCACCGCUUGCAAGACAAGCAUUGACCAGUUUAGGCAGGCCACUUGCGGCCCUCUUCAGACGGGUCCUAGGGCAAAUGCGACAUUAUACUCGUACUGUUUGUGUUAUGCCGCAGUCAACAAUGUCAACUGUUACAACCUGUGCGCGAGCAGCCCUAACGUCACUGCUGAACGGGAUGGAGGAGCUUUACCGCAGCAAACUGCUCUUUGCGGAGCCGCAGGUCUGAACCCUGCCGCCCUUCCUCGACCUGCACCUUGGGACUUGACUGCCACUACCUCUGUUCUUCCCUCCGCGACGCCCACACCGGUCGGCUCAGCGCCGUCUGCUACAGCUACUCCUCCUGCAACGUCAGCCCAGAAGAACAGUGCGGUUGGCCAGAACUUGAUGAAUGUUGUUACUGGUGCUGCUGCGGCUGGCUUGGCUGGUGUCGUAGCUCUUGUGCUCUAGUUUGAUUGUUUCUCGGAGCCUCGUUUCUUAUAUAUGUACUUUUGAAUCACUGUAGUUAGAUGGUAUGUGUAGUUGUACCAGAGUGUUAAUAGGCAACCGUGAUGUAUUUCGGGAAUAAUGCUCAUCCCUGAUUUUACACUGGGUAACCUCAACUUUCAACCAAUGCUCAGACGAUUGGAUAAAAUCCAGUUGGUAGCUACAGUUGAUGUAUUCGACCACAUGAGAUAAUUACACAUAUUAAAAUGGAUA